AGAAGGCUGCGCAGUUGUUUCUUGGAUCAUGAAUGAUGGAGGCGAAUGUUUUGAUGGAGUAUAGGGACUAAACUGCUCUGCUUCUGUGGCGUCAAACACAGCUGCUGCAUCAACCGAUCUCGUAUUAUGUGCAAUAAGAGGUCGGAGACAAAUUUAAUUUGACUUAGCUAGAGCAGAUCAGUUAGCUAAAAUCGUUUGCUGCGGCGGCCUAGCUAACAUUAGCUAGCGCUGCAAAGUUGGGACAGUGCUUUCAUUUAAUGAGCUCACUGCGAGGCCCUCUUUUAACCUGCUGUGUUUUUCACGAUACUACAGCUCCACUGGGAAUUAUAUAAUUAUUUGUGUGGCUAUAUUGAUCGAAGAUUAACCUUACCUUUAAUUGAGCCCGUCAGAAAGCGUGAGUACGGCUUCUUGAGACCUAACGUUAAUCAAGGGGAAGUGGUUAUCCAUGUCCACGAGUUACUGCAGAUUAACCAUCUUUGAUAACAUCAGCAAACAUGUCUUUAGUCGCUUAUGGCAGCAGUGAUGAUAGUGACUCAGAAGAAACCUCGACCUCUGUCGCACUGGAGACCAAAGUCAGCGCAGGAGGGCUUUUCUCUCUCCUGCCUGCUCCUAAAAAGCCAGGAUCGGCAGGAGGAAACUAUGGAGCGAGCAAGGAGGCAAAAGCGAACCCUUCAGCAGGGGACACGUCAAACGAUGACCUAGGUCCUCCGCCAUCAAAAGGAGGCUUAUUUUCUAGUCUGCCGAAGCCGAGGAAGCGAACUGAACCUGUCAAGAUCACUGUACCACAGAUACAGAGGCGGGAUUCAGAUUCUGAUGAUGAUGAACCAGCAAAAAAGAAACUACAACCUCAGGGUGCAGGUUCAGGUCUGUCCUCCCUUCUACCACAACCCAAAAACCUGACAGUGAAGGAGACAGACAGACUCCUGAUUCCUCACACACUCACCAAGCGCCAAGAACCCAAAGGACCCAAGCCUGGAACGGCCGCUCCGGGUCUGCUUGGUUCUAGUGCAUCCCCGUCUGCUAUCAAAGCUGCAGCAAAGUCAGCCGCCCUGCAGCUGGCUAGACAGAUAGCCACUGACGACCAGGAUAACGAGGAGGACAUCACCCCACAGAACUAUUUUUCUCUGUGCGAGAGCUCCCAGCCACUCCCCGCAGCCGUCCCAAGCUUAGACCCUGAGCCAGUAGCCCCCACAGAGCUUCUACCUCCUGCACCUGCACCUGCACCAACAGAUGAGCCUGGUCAGUCAGACGCCCCUCUCGAUUUUGGGGGGAACCAUGAGGGAGCUGGUGCAUGGCGAGGGCAAUAUCCUCAGUAUCAACAGCCCAUGGCAGGCCCAGAAGCUUUGCCUCAGGGAUAUUAUGAGGAGGCAUACUACCAAGAUCCUAACCCCGGAUUAGCAGAAGCUGAAGAGCCUGGCCACUCUGCAAUGUUUGAUGAUGAAGCGUUCAUGCGGCUGCAGGGGAAACGGAACAGGGGCAAAGAGGAGGUGAAGUUUCUGGAGAUCAAAGGGGACGACCAGCUGAGUGGCAACCAGCAGUGGAUGACCAAGAGCAUGACAGAAGAGAAGCAGAACCGUCAGUCCUUUAGCAAGAAAAAAGGAGAGCAGCCGACAGGACAACAGCGACGCAAGCAUCAGAUAACGUAUCUCAUUCACCAGGCAAAGGAACGGGAGUUAGAGCUGAAGAACAACUGGGCAGAAAACAAGCUAACCCGCCGGCAGACCCAGGCCAAAUAUGGUUUCUAAAUGUUAUACUGUGGACUUUUGGAGGCACGUGGAAACCCUGCAUCAGAACGUAGAGUAGAGCUUUCCAGAUUGUGUUUGGGAAGAAACUAUACACACCCUAAUACAGAUUUUUCCAUCCUGCCCUCCCUCUUCCUAUAUUUGUGUUGAAUUGGUAAUACUCAGUAGUUCUUUUGGUCACCAGUUUUAUAAGAUAUUACUCCUGUACCGUAUCCAGUCACAGUAAAUGUAGCCACUAUACCUUCAUAACCGUGUUUUUAAGGUACCUGUGGCAUGUUUUCCUUUUGAAUGUGUAUGCUUCCUGUUCAUAACAGCGAACAAUGACUCUACAAAAUAGGUUUGGUUCUCUGGUAGUCACGUUCGUACAAUUUUUGCCCUUGAUAAUGAGAAAAUGACCUGGAGUCAUUCGAAGGCUGUGACACAUGAUAUAUUUAUACAUUGAAUCAACAACUUUGUAAAAAAAAUAAUAAAUAUGAUGAUGCUUGAAUACAUGUUGCAGUAGCUAUUAUUACAUCCUGAAGUUGUGAAGGAGCAUACCUGCGUCUAAGUCUGUUCUAAAGAAGUUUUAUAUAAAUGAAUUGCCAGAGAACCAAACGUGCAUUUGAGUUUCAGCUGGUUCUUUAGCUACCACCAGGCCCGAACACCAUCUACCUUUACCUGAGUUCUUCCUGAGUUGCAUCCGUUACACAUCUUACAGAUUCAGUUUUCUUCUAAAUCCUAAUAAAGGGUCUUUUUAGUUUAGCUUGAAGAUAGGAAUGCAUUCAUGUCAACUUUAAGUUUUUAUUUUAGACUGUUUUUGAGGUCUUUCUUUCUGCCGUUUCCAGUUUUAGGAAAAUUCCGCCGUCAAACCAAAUCUAGAAUAUCUAUGUAUGUGGCCUGUCCGCUGCCAGUGAGCCAGAAUGUUUUAAGACACGCUGAAGACUUUUGUUAAGGGAAACUGCUAUGAACUGUUCAGUGUGGUGAAACUAAAUGCUGCCAGUCUCUCCAUCUGUGGGGAAUAUUGCAGGUUUAUGCUUCCUUUUAUAAUAGCUGUAAAGAUCGGUCUUGCGUCAGUCUUUCCCAUCCUGCGAAGCAGCCUUUUAAAUGGCUUUUCAUUGAAGCACUGACAUUUAUUUACGCUGUAAUGGCUUCCUCCUCCUUUAACAAAGCAAUGAGUAGUCCACCCUUCAGUAUGGUUUUUCUUUUCCAAGAAGGAAAUAGGGCAUAAAUCUAAACUCAUUAGGUUGCUUCUACAUGCAUUAUAUUUUAUUACACAUGGGAUUUGGUAGAGAGCUUCAUAUGUAAACUACGGCUAGGUGUGGCGGUGGCUUUGGAGUCUUCCACCAUUACUGUACCAACACAUGCACAACCUGAUCAGCCUCAAAAACUUGCUCUGUUUGGCAGAAACAUACCAGCAGUCCAGGGAUAUCUAUUCCCUCCAUACUUCAUAGUUAUGGUACAUAGUGGCCGCAGAGCGUGUGCCACAGCGUAUUUACACACCUGGCACUGGCCAAACAGCCCAAAGCAAGCAGCUGACAGUCUGAUUACAUAUUCUCACAUGUAUACUAGAGGCGGGAAUAUAACUUAAAGAGCUUAAACUAAUGUGAGUUCCAGCUUUACCCUUGACAUCUCUUGGAAAGUGCAAAGGGAGUUUGGAUGUAAUAAUGAGAACAAUUCUUUAAAAUGUUCACUGUCUCUCCUGAGACAAACACAAACAGCUUUCAUGUAAAGAUUGACAAAGCAUAUACUUGUAUUAGGCACUGACAUUCCUCAUUCAGUGACUUAACAUGUUUGACAGCAUUGCUGAGAAAACUUUUAUUCUAUACUUUUUUGCGUGUUGUGCAAUUAAAAUUACUGAAUAAAUGUUUUCCUUGCCUGGCUCCAUA